AUCGCGGGGCCAAUGAUUAACCCGGCGAGUUUCCUCCUUCCCGGAGCGCCCGGACCAUGGAGCCGCGCUGGGCGCAGACGGGCCGGGAUGGGCCAGAUGAUGACGAGGGGGGACAGCAGCUGCCUCCCUCAUCCCUCUUCCUCCAGCUGCCAAGCAACGCGACCCUGCGUUUCCGUGGCAACGUGGCCAAGUCCUGGGGGGCUGCGCUGGACGAGGGGGAGCCUCCAGGGACCCCCCAGGAGCGGGACAGGGCAGAAGUCGGGGAGCAGGAAUCGGUUCCCCUGAAACAGCUGCCGCUCUGCAUGGCGGAGAAACGGACACUCAGGCUCCGGGAGCAGCAGGUGGCCUGGAAACGGAGCCGUUGGGAGCGGUGGCAGGUGGGGAUGCGCCGCCUGCGGGGACAGGUGGGGGACGCCCUGCUGUACGCCCAGGUGUGGAGGGGCUCGCUGCACCACAUCGAAGGUCACUUCGGAACAGGGAUCCAGUCGUAUUUCAACUUCCUGCGCUUCCUGGUGCUGCUGAACCUGGGGGGGGCCCUGCUCGUGAUGGGGUUCGUGGUGGCCCCCAAUGCCGCCUUCGAGGGGCUGCGGCUGAACCAGACCCAGCAGGGGCCGAACUCCACAGUGAUCAGCUGCCUACAGUACGACCCCACCACGCGGGGCCUGGUCAGCUACUUCACCUACCUCAUGGACUUGCUCUCCGGGACGGGGUUCAUGGAGCUCACCUACCUGUUCUACGGUUAUUACCAAAACUCGGCCGUGGAUUUCGUGGGCUUCUCCUAUAACAUCCCCCUGGCCUAUCUGCUGAGCAUGUUGGGCUACUUCUCCGUCUGCCUCCUCUGGAUCCCCCCCCAGCAGGACACUGGCCCAGGGCAGCAGGGACUGGUCCUGGGGCUACUGGUGGCCUAUCUGCCCUCCAUAGUCAUCACACUCGCCAACCAGCUGGUGCCACUGGCCUUCGGGCUCCUCGUGCGCCUGGAGAGAUACCCGCUCAGCCUGGAGAUCCGGCUCACCCUGUUCAGGACCGUGUUCCUGCGUCUCUCCAGCCUCCUCGUUCUCCUUUUCUCCCUCUGGUCCCAGAUCACCUGCCACGGGGACCCCAACGCCGAUUCCUGCAAGACCUGCGGCUACAACUACACGCAGCACCCGUGCUGGGAGACGAGCGUGGGGCAGGAGAUGUACAAGCUGCUGGUGUUCGACCUGCUCGUGGUGCUGCUGGUGCUGCUGCUGGUGGAGUUCCCCAGGAAGCUGCUGGUGACCCACGGCCCCGCCCCCCUGGCCCGGCUGUGGGGGCAGCAGGAGUUCCUGGUGCCCCCCAACGUGCUGGACCUGGUGUACGGCCAGACCGUGUGCUGGGUCGGCGCCGCCUUCUCCCCCCUGCUGCCCCUGCUCAACACCGCCAAGUUCGUCCUGCUUUUCUACCUCAAGAAGCUCACCCUGUUCUCGAACUGCCGCCCGGCCGACCGCACCUUCCGCGCCUCCAGCGCCAGCUUCUUCUUCCUGCUGGUUCUGCUGCUGGGCCUGGCCAUCGCCUGGGUGCCCCUGCUGUACAGCGUCUUUGUCCUCCAGCCCUCCCACGCCUGUGGCCCGUUCCGGGGUGAGCCGACCAUGUGGAGCACCCUCUGGGAGGCCAUCGAUACCCUGCCCCAUGUGGCCAGGGAGUUCCUGCAGUUUGUGGGCUCGCUGGCCUUCGCCGUGCCGCUUUUCCUGCUGCUGUGCAUCCUCAUGUUUUACCUGAUGGCCCUGGCUCAUUCCUACAGCUCCCUGGUGAAGGAACUCAAAGGGCAGCUGCGGCUGGAGGGGCGGGAUAAGGUCUUCUUAGUGACUCAGAUCACGGAGCUCAGCUAAGGAGAGAGCUGCAAGAAAACGCCAAUCUCGUUGAUUUGAGGAUGACACUUGACCCUGCUUUGUCGGACCCAUCCCGCCCCUGCCAUUUGCCUGUGUGCCAAACCCAGCCCCUGCUGGAAGAAAACUACAAUAACCUCCAAAGAACCCAGAGCUCAUUCAUGGACUGUGUGUAAGAAUCACUCACCCGGCGCUGAGCUGCGGCCCCUCUGGAGUGAGGUGUGGGGGCUGGGUAUAUGGGGACCCCUCGCCCGGUACAGACACACGGCCUCUCUGGAAUGGGGCGCAGGGGCUGUUUAUACAGAGACCUCUCACCUGGCACUGAGACAUGGCCCCUCUGGAGUGGGGUGUGGGGUUUGGUUAUACAGGGACCCCUCACCUAGCAGCUGCUCUUUACUGACAUCCAGUGACGCUGUUCAGUUUAGGACAGGAAGUGAAUCAAAACCCUGUGUGUGACUGACAUCCCAGGGGGCUUUGCAGGAGGAGAAGGUGGAAUUGCUUGUGUCUGAAAUGGGCUGGGCUGCUGGCCUUCAGGCCCCAAUUCUCACACUCUCCGUCCUGCCCCGAGCUAGCCCCAUGGCCUCCGAACGGAGCACACAGCAGGUGAACCCCUCCUUACUGGCUGGCAGCAGAACUCCAUUGUCGCACUCCAGGGCAGCUGAUUUGUAUUCCCUGUCUACUGGUCCCCGGCUGUCACCCCUCUUGGGCAGAAACCCACGUCUCUCUCCCCUCCCUGAGUGGGGUUUUCCAGGCUGGCCACUUCCCUGCCGAGGCUCUGAUUUCACCGCGCACACGAACCUGCAAAGCGAGAUUCCCAUCAACAAUAAUCACCAUUUACAGCUCGGCCAAGUCAGGGGCAACCCUGCUUGAAAACGUAACAGCGUUUGAUUUAAGGCUCUUUCCUCGGUGUAUUUUGAGAUGCGAUGCUGACAAUUUAACGGCUUUUAAAAUUGUGACUUUUUGAGUCUCUAACACCUGCUGUUGAUAAAUCAUUGUCUGACUCCCCCCUCCCCCUGUUCUCUGAAUCUCCUGUGAUUUUCUGCAACUGGGAAAAUUUUAAAUCUGAAAAAAAAAAUCUUAAAAAUAAAAUGCUAGUUUUGGUUUGAAAUUAUAAAAUAAAAAUUGAA